CAGGGCAAGGCCACCUGUGCCCGUCUGGCCGAGGAGACCUGCCAUGCCAGGACGAGGCGAUGUGAGCUGCACUCCUAUGCCCAGACCUUGGUGGAUCUCUUGCAUCAGGCUGGGGACUUCAUCAGAAACCAGUUUGACUUCUCCUUCCUCACCCGUACUCUGCCCCAGCUCCUGGGCAAGAUCUACGGGCACUUCUUCCCUCCCCGUGUCCGCAGGGAAGCCCCAGGCCUGGCUGUGGCAGGGACCCAAUCCAGCCCCACAGCAGUGGGACCCCAGAGACCCCUCAGCAGGUGGGGGGGCAGGCAGCUGCCCCCCUUUGCAGAGCUUUUUGGGGUAGUGGGACCCCAGCUGCAGGACUGGGUGGAGGCCCUGAGGACUGCGGCAGGGGGCAGCCACCUGGUGACAGCAUGGGACAGGGAGCAGCUCUCCGGGGAGAUGCAGCUCUUCCUGCAGGGUGAGGAUGUGGUGGAGGAGAUGGUAGCACAGGGACGAGCCUUCCUCACCCAGCUGCGGGCAGAGAUGGAACUUGGCACCACCCUGGAAGCCAUGGAGCCACAAUGGGCAUCUGGAGAGCUGGCAGGGACCCCUGUGCCAAGCCAUGAACCCCGGAGGGAGAAACGGGAACUGGUGCCCACAGAACUGCCCAGGGUGGAGGAGGAAGAGGAGGAGGAGGGAGUCAUGGGCAGAGCCUGCCCUGGCCUCAACGCGUCGGCGGCGCGGGUGGGCGCAGUGCGGGACCUGUACGCUUGGGUGCUGCGUGUGCCCGAGGCACAGCUGGCCAUGACCUUCCAAGAGAUCCUGGUGGACUUGGGCUCCAAAAACACCAAGGGACUGUACCGGGCACAGGUUCGGGCCACUGUGGGGGGCCGCCCCACGGCCUUCACUGGCCUUGUGGGGCUGGACAGUGACACACUGGCCCGUAGUAUGCCUGGCCUCGUUGCUCUGGCACUUGAAGCGUUGAAAACCUAAAGGGGCAGUGUGCUGGCAUGGGGAAAGGGCACUGGGGCAGGUAUCCUUUGUGUCCUUCAAACACACUCCACUCCCAGUCUUAGGCUCUUCCACCCCUUUCUCCCCAGUUGUACCUCAGUCUCUCUUCCCACCAGCACUUCCUUACUUCCCCAGGGCAAAGGGGCCCUGGCGGGUACCUGAAGCAUCUCAGCCAGGAAUCACAGUCCUCCUCUCCCCUGGAACCCCCACCUUGGCAAGCCCACCCUCACCCAUCUUCCCCAGAGGCAUCUGAGCUGUUAUUUAUUUGUACAGAGAAGUUUUAUUUUUCAAUAAAGAAGGGCUCUAUUUUUCAGUA